AUGUUAGUGGUGAAGAAGUCGAGUAAUGAGGAGGAAAAUAAAGAAAACUCCAACUUAAAGAAACCUGUCACCACCGAAGUCAAAUACCACUCCUUAAUGCCAUCAUGCAAAUAUACUCCAGUCGCUCCAUUUCCCGAAAGAUUGAUAAAUCAUCAGCGACAUCCAUCCAUAAAAACCCUUCAACCUUCAUCAAAAAUAUCCCAAAUUUCUUUCCCCCAAUUCCAAAUUCCGUGUCCCGAUUUCAAUUUCAUCAGAAAAAUCAACACGGAAUUUGGAAAGAAAACCCUUUUUGACCGGAAAGAUUUGAAUAGCCAGACACCCGUCAAUGUUAUUCAAAGAGCUCUUGCUCUUUACCCUAUUGAAGAGGUUGCAUUUAGCUUCAAUGGCGGAAAAGAUUCAACGGUUCUACUCCACCUUCUAAGGGCAGGAUUUUUUUUACAUCAAGUCGAUAAUGGUCAUUCAAAUGGCGAUCUAUCUACUCACGCAUCCACAUUUCCAAUAAGAACAAUCUAUUUUGAGAGCCCUUCUGCCUUCCCUGAAAUCAAUUCCUUCACUUACGAAACAGCCUCUAGUUAUGGUGUCCAAUUAGAUAUCAUACGCCAAGAUUUCAAGUCAGGUUUAGAGGCGUUACUAAAAUCCAAACCAACAAGAGCCAUUUUCCUUGGUGUUAGAAUCGGUGAUCCCACUGCUGUGGGUCAAGAACAAUUCUCUCCAAGCUCACCUGGAUGGCCACCUUUCAUGAGAGUUAAUCCAAUCUUGGAUUGGUCUUACAGAGACGUGUGGGCUUUUCUUUUGACUUGCAAGGUUCCAUACUGUAGUCUAUACGACCAAGGGUAUACAUCAAUAGGAAGUGUUAAUGACACAAGUCCAAAUGCAUUGUUAUGCAUUAAAGAUUCUGGUAAGGAAAAGUUCAAGCCUGCAUAUAUGCUUUCAGAUGGAAGAUUAGAAAGAGCUGGAAGAGCCAAAAAGUUACCUCAAAAAGUCAAAGAUGGAGUCAAAGGUUUGGAAUCACAUCAAGAAAACACCCCUUCAGCCUCAAUCAUAGCAGUUGGUGAUGAAAUUCUGUCUGGAAGGGUGGAGGAUGAAUUAAGACAUUUGUUGUGUAGGAAGCUUCAUUCUAUUGGUUGGAAUGUUUCCCAUGUUGCUGUUGUAUCAAGUGAUGUAGAUUCUGUAGCUCAAGAAGUUGAAAACCAAAAGUCUACAAGUGACAUGGUUUUCUUAUAUGGAGGAGUUGGUCCAUUACCUUUAGAUGUUUCCAUUGCUGGAGUUGCCAAAGCUCUUGGUGUUUGUUUGGCUCCCAAUGAAGAAUUUGAAGAACAUCUUAGGAAUUUAUAUGGUGAAAAGUGGAGUGGGGACUCUAAUGAGAUGGCUAAGUUGCCAGAAGGUGUAACAGAAUUGUUGCUACAUGAAAAGCUUCCUCUUCCAUUGAUAAAGUGUGGGAAUGUAAUUGUUUUUUCUGCAACAAAUGUGAAUGAGUUUGACCAACAAUGGGAUGCUUUGACCAAUUCAAGAUUGUUAGCAACAACAGGAUCAUUUGUAUCUAAACAUUUCACAACCUUCCUCUCAGAUAUAGAAGUUGCUCAGCCUCUUUCCAAGCUUUGUUUUGAAUUUCCAAAUGUCAACAUUGGAUGUUAUCGCAAAUCAAGAACAGGGCCACUCACAAUAACUUUGGAAGGGAAGGAUGAAAAGAUGGUAGAAGCAGCCAUGGAAGCAGUUUCAACAAGAUUAUCAUCACAAUAAUUUUGAUCAGAAAAUGUUUGAAGGAAAAAGAAUAAGUGAUGGGUGAAAGAGAGAAAACAAGUGUAUAUGGAUAAUUAACAAAGCUAUUAUACUUCAUUAGAAUUUGCAAACAUGUUAGGAUGAAAAAUACAUCAUUUUUUUUGGGAAAAAUUUGAAUUACGUGUUCAUGUUGUUAUUGUUUUUGGUUUGUAUUUUGUUAUGUUGGUUAAUGAUUAAUCCAUGUAUAACUAAUCUACAAUGAGGUUAAUUUGAGAAAAAACAAUGUAUUUUUCAAAAUAUAGAUAAAUAUUACGGC